AUGAACCAAUUGAAGACGAAGAAGCCAUGGUCAUUGUCUUUCUCGUUCGGAUGUGCAUUGCAAAAGAGCACAUUGAAGACAUGGUCAUGCAAAGAGGAAAAUGCGAAGGCGGCUCAAGAGGCGUUGUACGUGAGGUGCAAGGCUAACUCAGAAGCCACUCUUGGAACCUACAAAGGUAAUGCUAAGAUUGGUGAUGGAGCAGCAGAGAGCCUUCACGUGUAUAGAGAUUUGGUAGGAAAUUAA